GUGACGCUGUAUUUUUCAACUCUUCUGCUGCACCAUCAUUUUCCUUGAUAAACUCAAUUCAGGGCUGUGGCUAACUUAUAUUGCUAUUGCUGACUUUGUGAACCAGCAUUAGGGCAUCACGUUCGGCAUGCAAACAUCAGUCACAGAAUGGGCUGCUAAUAACGACUUUACAGAGCGAGCUAACAUUGCUUGGAGGGAGGCGUGUUGUAUGACAGGCGCGUUGCAUCUCAGGAUUCUGUUAUUUGAUGUCUCUUUAGUAAAUCGAUACCUCAUUAAUUGGGUAAAUCAUCAAUGCUGAUUUUAUGUAGCAAGCUAAUGUUAGAUAUAUUUGUUCAUAAAUGUAGAACUACUAUUAACACCAGAGGCCAUGGAUAAUUCAAAGCGCCAGACAUUAAACAGGCUAGCGAACUUGACGACUAGGUUAGCUACGCAGGGCUAGCUCGCUAGCCAGGUUGGUUAAAACGUCAGUUGUCUACUGCUGAUGGGAACUAGCUAACUAGCUAUCAUCAGCUACGUGCACAGUGCAAGUGUCACUCGAUGCAUCGACAAUAUAUUGACACAGAGGUGAAGCCUCUUUGCUGCUACAAUGUUAUGGCAGUGUGAUCGGCGUUACACCCUCUUUGCAAGGCCCCUCUGGUCUGUUCAUCGUGAACUGUAUGUCGCUGACAAAACGUACGUCACAUUAAUCUACCUAACUGUUUCAAUAACUUCCCUAGUCAGAAGUAAUGAGGUCAAAUUGGGUGGGCAGAUGAUCCCCCAGUAUCUCCUUCAUGUCAGAAGACCCUGCUGUUUGGGAUGCCAGUGGAACUCUUCGCCUUGGGACGUAAACAAAGAGAAGCGCCGCAUGUCAGCGAGAAGAGUGGCAUGUCAACCAUGCGCCUCGACAUGCCUUCUGCUAGCAGCUGGGAUGCUCGUUUACCAGACGGACAUCAGUGUUGAGUUUUUAAUCACACAGCCCGGCACAGAUCUUGCAUAGCCCACGCAGUUCAGAGAGCGCGCGGGGAGCCAAGGCCAGACGCACCCGCUGCUCACGGCGCCAUCUGCAGUUCCAGAGUCGGUGUAUGACCUGCUCCCCAAAGAGCUGCAGCUGCCUGGCUCCUCGCUGCAGGAGAAGCCCGCCAUGAGUCAGAAGAGUGGAGGAGAGGCCGGCCCUCCUCCUCCGGCAGCCCUGGCCGCAGAUGCUGCCUCGUCCUGCAACGUCUCCUCCAGCCCAGUAGGGGGCAACAGCACUGCGCUCCCUGGCUCCUCCUGCCCCAGCAUGCUCUCCGCUACCUCGGCCCCCGAGCAGGGCUCCCAGCUCCUGGGCGAGGGCCCUGGCGGUCCGGUCCCGGGGGGCGGACCGGGAGCCCUGGGGCUCGGGGUAGAGGUGGCCGCUGGGGCGUCUGGUGAUGGCAGCAACAGCGGAGGAGGAGGAGGAGGAGGAGGAGGAGGGCCUCAGCAGAGCCAGAUCACCCCAUCCAAGCGGCGGACGGUGCUGAACAUCUCGCCGCCGCCGGAGGACCUGCUGGACGACAGCUGCAUGUCCUGCCAGGAGGAGGCGGCGGCCGUGACGGCUGCGACUGCGACGACAGGGCCGGACUCGGAGCAGAGCGGCAGCAUGUGGAUGGACGAGUCCCUGUCCAGCUUCAGCAUGGCCAGCAGCAGCUCGUACAACGACAACACCGAGGUGCCGCGCAAGUCGCGCAAGCGCACGCCACGCCAGAGGCCCGGGCCCAAGCCCGUCGCUGCCCAGGCGCCCAGCAUGGAGGUGUUCGAUGCCGACAGCGCCAACGCACCCCACUUUGUGCUCUCCCAGCUGGGCUCGGACGCCAAAGCCAGCCCCAAGACCAGCUCCCUGGAGGCGGGCGGCGCCUUGCGGGCGGGCGUCCUGGCGGCGCAGUUCCCCCCGAAGAGCGAGGGCAAGGAGCUGAAGAUCCUGGUGCAGCCGGAGACGCAGCACCGCGCGCGCUACCUCACCGAGGGCAGCCGGGGCUCCGUCAAGGACCGCACACAGCAGGGCUUCCCCACCGUCAAGCUGGAGGGGGUGAGUGAGCCGGUGGUGCUGCAGGUGUUUGUGGCCAACGACACGGGCCGCGUGAAGCCCCACGGCUUCUACCAGGCCUGCAGGGUGACGGGACGCAACACCACCGCCUGCAAGGAGGUGGACAUCGAGGGGACCACCGUCAUCGAAGUCAGCCUGGAGCCCACCAACAGCAUGAGCCUGGCUGUGGACUGUGUCGGCAUCCUGAAGCUGCGCAAUGCGGACGUCGAGGCUCGCAUCGGGGUGGCGGGCUCGAAAAAGAAGAGCACGCGCGCCCGCCUGGCGUUCCGCGUCAACAUCCCGCGUCCCGACGGCUCCAUGCUCACGCUGCAGACGCCCUCCUCGCCCAUCCUCUGCACUCAGCCAGCAGGUGUGCCUGAGAUUCUGAAGAAGAGCCUGCACAGUUGCUCGGUGAUCGGGGGAGAGGAGGUGUUUAUCAUCGGAAAGAACUUCCUCAAGGGAACCAAAGUGCUGUUCCAGGAGACCAGCUCAGAUGAGAGCGGCUGGCAGGCGGAGGCUGAGAUCGACAUGGAGCUGUUUCAUCAGAAUCACCUGAUCGUGAAGGUUCCUCCGUACCGGGACCUCAGCAUCACCUCUCCAGUGGCAGUAGGCAUCUGUAUCGUGACCAACGCGGGGAGAACCAAUGAAGUGCAGCCGUUCACUUAUACUCCCCACUCCGAGCCCUCAGUAGAUGUGCCUGUGAAGUCUGAGGCCUCCACCUCAGCCAAGUCCUGCCCGUUUGAGGACCGCAUGAAAGCAAUGCAAACUGGGAACAGUAAUAUUGACAGCAACAUGAUGACUCCGCUGAUCUUGAAACGAGAGGAGGUCACCCCUAUGGAGGUGUCCACUAACGCCCCAGCACCCAGUGUCUUUAAGCCAGAAGACGUCCUUGCAGCCCCACAGCAAAUUCUGGAGGUGAAUGUCAACCUCCCAGCCUCGAGCAGCGAGUCAUUCCCCAGUCCAGCCCCUCUCCAGCCUGCCGCCACCCAGCCGCCACAGGCCCCCCUGUUCGCGGCGCCGGAGCCACUGAGCACCAUCCAGAAACAAGACAUCGCCCCCAGCGCCUCCUUCCAGGUGUCCCUGUCCGAGGACGCCACCGUCCUGCAGCCCGUGCCCCCCCAGGUGCCGCAGCAGUUCCUGCGGGAGACCCCCGAGACCCUCUCCCCGGAGGAGAGCGGCUCUGAGGAGGCGGCCAUGCUCAUGAUGAGCAUGCCCCAGCUGGAGGCCUUGCCGUUGCCGGCCGUGUCCCAGCAGCAGCAGCAUCAGCAUCAACAGCAGCAGCAGCAGCAGCAGCAGCAGCAGCCGUCCCCUGUGUCCACGCUGCUGCCCCAGGACGGGGUGGCUCAGCUGGAGCGGGCGGUGCGUGAGCUGCAGGCAGGCGGGGACUCCCUGGUGCAGCAGGUGCUGGUGGCGGCUGCAGCCCAGCAGCAGCUCAACUCGGUACUGUACAGCCCUGGGCCCUCGGCUGACACUCUGCAGAAACACGUACAGGAGAACAUGAACAGUCUUCAGCUGGGAGGAAAUGAUCGAUCCAUGAACUGUCAGCAGCAGCAACAACAGCAACAACAACAACAACAACAACAUCAUCAACAACAACAACAGCAACACCACCAACAGCAACAACAACAACAACAGCACCAACAACAGCAGCAGCAGCAGCAGCCUCCACAGUCCAUACUGGAAAAUCUGCAGCAGCAGCAUCAACAAGCAUUGGAGAACCUACAACAUCAACAGAAUGUGCUGGAAAAUUUGAAACAGCAUCAGAAAGUUCUAGAGAACUUCCAACAGCAUCAGCAAGUCUUGGAUAACCUGCAGCAGCCCUCACUGCAACAACAGCAGCAACAACAGCAGCAGCAGCACCCCAAAGUGCUGGAGUCAAUUCAGCAACAGCAGAACACUUUGGUCAACCUUCAGCAUCAGAAAGUUCUGAAUGACCUGCAGCAGCAAAACAGUUUUGAGAACCUUCAGCAGCAGCAGCAGCAGCAGCAGCAGCAGCAGCAGCAGCAGAAUGUCUUUAAGAGCCUGGAACAGUUGCAGUCAGAGAUCAUGCAGCAGCAGAUCCCCAUGCAAUGCACCCCCAGUUUUCCAUCCAGUGGGGCUCCUAAGCAGCAGCCCCCCACCUGCCACCCUUCUGAGGGCCUUCUCCAUAGUUCCCCCCAGCAGCAACAACAGCAGCAGCAGCAGCAGCAGCAACAGCAACAAGCACUUUUCCAACAAGCCGGUGGACUCUUGACCAUCCAGACGUCCAGCUUCCUUCAGCAGCCCUCCCAUCCUUCCCCACCCCAGCAGCUUUUCCAGACACCGACCCAGAUGUCGGAGACCCAGGGUCAGCAGGCGGUGCUGUUCGGGUCCAAACCCACGCCGGCUCAGGCACAGGUCCAGGCAGCUCUCUUCCCCGGUACCAUCACCAUGCUGGCAGCCGACCAACAACAGGCCCCCCCUGGCCUCUUCCUGGAUCAGAGUAUUGUACCGGGCCAGUUGGGAACAGACAGCAAUCAGACUCAGCAACAACUGGAACAGCAGCAGCAGCAGCAGAUUGCUUUCAUCACCCCCAUGCAGACGUCUGCGUCCGAGGCCCAGGCGGUAUCGCUGCUUCAGGGGCAAAUCCAGUUGUCCACUCCUAUGGAGCAGCAGCGUUCGCCCCAGCAGCAGAUGCAACCACAGCCCCAGGCAGCCCCCCUGUUCCAAAGCCAACCCCAGCAACAGCAGCAGCAACAACAGCAGCAGCAGCAACAACAACAACAACAGCAGCCGCAGCAGCAGCAGCAGCAAACAGGCCUGUUGUUCUGCACCAACCCCCUGAACCACCAGGACCUGCCCCCGUCUCUGCUGUUCAGCAGCCAGCCUCAGGGCCUCUUCCAGGACCAGCCCAUGCAGGUGGUGCCCAGCAGUGCCAGUGUGAGUGUGGAAGCCGCCUCCAACCAAUCGGCUGUCCCUCAGUCCCAGGGCUCCCAGAAUCCUCUGCUGUUCUCCCAGACUGGCAUGGUGUCCGUGGGACAGCAAGACGCCGCAGAGCCGAUGUCCUUCCAGGAGCAGAGCGCGGUGGUGGGCGACCCGUCCGCCCAGGGCGGCUCCUCGCAGCCCGGGCUGUUUCAGGACCAGCAGCCCAUGCAGGUGGUGCCCAGCUCCGGCAGCGUUUCCGUCAGCUCCGGCGACCAGUCCACCGUCGGCCUUUUCCUGCCGCAGGCGGCCAUCACAGCUCUACAAGGAGGCGUGAGCAGCCAGGAGAUGCCUCCGACUGCCACCACGGCGGCCAUCUUUGCUGGGCAGAGCACCAUGGCAGUAGGGGGGCUUCAGAGCUCCGGCGGCUCCACAGCACAAGCCGCCUCUGACGCUCUCUUCCAGUCAGCCCUGACGGGAGCCCUCAGCCAGCCGGGGCAGCCUCCGCAGUCGGGCCUCUUCCUCUUUGAACUACCCAACGAUUGCAGUCAGCUCCUGAAUCCUCAAGGCCCUUCGCUAGCCAACCCGUUGGUGUCGCUGGGCCACGGAGGACCCGGUCCCAACCAGGGCUCGAUGCCCAGCAGCGCCCAGAUCCAGACCCUGCUGGAGCAGUCCAGCAGCCUGAGCGACACCCAGAACAUGGUGAAGAUCGACGACAUCCUGGAGACGCUGCAGGAGCAGGAGAAGAACCUGUCAGGGGACUUUUAGCUCCACGAGGCCGAGGUGGGCAAUGCGACCAGUUAAAGGUUAAUGUGGCCUCCGAGCGUUGAGCGGCGCCAGCUGCUGUGAGAGGCCUUCCUGUAAAUCUACUCGUUUCACGUGAGUGUGACGGCGACUGUGGAGUCAGUCAUACUGCGGACACCGAGUCAUGUGACUGUCAUGUGACUGUAACUCAUGAGGCGGAAGCCCAUGGACAAUUGUAGGUUUGG